ACUUGCCCUGAUAUUGCGGGUCGUAGCGGCUCGUAUUGCAUGUGACUGCAUUUCUGUAUUGCACACAGUUCAGGUCGUUCACAGCUGUCGAGGUAAAACUUUUCAAGUGUGAGUUCAUUUGUACGACAAUACUCGCUAUUUUUCAACGAAGAUUUUUUUGUUGAAAAAAGAUGUCUGUGUUAAGAGUAACUGGUUGUGUUGUUGUCCUGGUCUAUCUCUUCAUUGGUGUUGAUAGUCAACUGCAGUGUUGGUGUACGGGAGUAUGCUCUGGAACAAACGACACAACAUGUUCAGCAGGACAGGUCUGCUUCACAGGAGAAAUCUAUAACACAAAUACAAAAAAAAUGAAGCGUGUCCAAGGUUGUAAAGAUUCUGGGAAUUGUUUCGAGAAAAAGCACUGUGGACACAGCGGUCCUUUUGAGGAAUGUCACAGAUAUGGUUGCUGUAAUACAAGCCUUUGUGAUGUAAGCAAUUGGGCAGUGGAACGAAAGGUUGCCUCUUCCUCCCCCUCUCCUUCCCCCUCUCCCUCCCCCUCUCCUUCCCCCUCUCCCUCCCCCUCUGCUAUUGUCAACCUUCCCCUUUCUACCACCUCCUCCCCAUCCACAACACAAAAACCAGCCCCCAAAUCAUCCUCUCCCCUGGUCUUCGCUGCUACACCAUCACCUGUUUCUAUGACAACUGAGCAACCAAUGGUAAAAAUGACCUCGGAGCCGGUUGCGUCAGAGAGCAAAAUACCAACGAACCAGCCCAUGACGUCAGCAGCUGAUGCGAUGUCAACAAAACCGGAAGUGAAGCCGACCGCAAGUGAAGAUACAAUGACGUUAUCCAGCGUGAAGAUGGAACCCAAAGGGACACCAAGCGAUGUACCUGUUAUUCCCUCACUCAGUAUUGAAGAAAAAGACAAUCGUCCGACUUGUUCAUCUCAAUGUUUGUUCAGUUGGAAUGUGAUCUUCCUGAUCGCUGUCGCAGCCUUGUGUGUUUUGUUCUGAUCUAACUCAUGGAAAAUAUUGUAUACUUAAACCUAAGGUGGCGCAUGGCUGGGGCUAAGUGUAAAUCUAG